AUGUCCACCAGUGCCGCCGCCGCCGCCGCGCCCGCCAAGAAGGGUCAACCGACAUGGUACAUGCCGCAACCCAUGAACUCCCUGAUGGAGUACUGGGAGCGUCAUUACCCCCUCAAGCUGUACAACAGCAUGACACGAACCAAGACGACGUUUGUCCCCAUGCAGAACAAGCGCGUGUUGUGGUACAUGUGCGGGCCGACGGUGUACGAUAUCACACACUUGGGCCACGGUCGCACGUACACGUGCUUUGACUACGUUCGUCGCAUUCUGGAGGACUACUUUGGAUAUCAAGUCGAGUUGGUGAUGAACAUCACGGACGUGGACGACAAGAUUAUCGUGCGCGCCGCCGAGAACGGGUGGACCGAGGCGCACCCAGGGCAGUCGUUGCCUGCAAACAAGGAUGAAGCCGCCAAGGCCGUGCUCGCGUGGGCGUCCGAGCAGUCCGCGGAGAGCAACAUGCAGCGCACGAACGACUUGUCCAAGUUCUUCGAGAAGACGUUCAUGGACGACAUGGCGGCGCUCAACAUCAAGCCGCCGACCGUGUUGACCCGCGUGAGUGAGUACAUGCCUGAGAUCGUCGAGUUUGUCGAGGGCAUCAUCGCCAACGGCUACGCGUACGAAAGCAACGGCUCCGUGUACUUUGACACGAUCGCGUUUGGCAAAGCCAAGGGCAAAAACUACGGCAAACUCGUGCCGGAAAACGUCGGCCAGUCCGACUUGUUGGCCGAAGGCGAAGGGUCGCUGUCUGUCGGCGCUACGGACAAGCGCAACGGAAACGACUUUGCCCUGUGGAAGAAGUCCAAGCGCGGCGAGCCAUUCUGGGCCAGUCCGUGGGGCGAAGGCCGACCAGGGUACGUCCCCAUCUGGGAGAUGACAUACAUUCAUGAUCGAAAGCAAACAUAUUUGCGUUUGUACUGUGACGUUCAUAACAAACAUUCUUUCGUGGAAAAAAGAUACUCUUCUGGAGAAAAAACAUUCUUUGACGAAGAAAAAACAUCCUUUAUUGCGCAGUCGGAAGCGUACUUUAACUUUGGCCAGUGGAUCAACUACUUUGUGCACACGGGGCACUUGAACAUUGAGGGCCUCAAAAUGUCGAAAUCACUCAAGAACUUUGUCAAGAUCAACCAGGCGCUGGAGCAUCACACGCCGCGCCAGCUCCGUUUCUUGUUUCUCCUGCACAAGUACAACGUGCCCAUGGACUACAAUGACAACACGAUGGACGAAGCGGUUGGCGUCGAUGCAUUUUUCACCAAGUUCUUCCAGAACGUCAAGGCUACAUUGCGUGGCACAUCGAUCGACCGGUCGCAAAAGUGGUCGGCUGCCGAGAAAGCACUCGGCCAAGCGGUGCUCCAUGCCAAGGACAGAGUCCACCAAGCCCUCGCCGACGAUCUCGAUACCCCCCUCGCCCUUCGGCUGCUCCAAGAACUCGCCAAAGAUGUGAAUCGAUACGUGGCAUCGUCCCCGUCGCCCGUGUCGCUGGCCAUCCGAUCCGCGGCCGACUACAUCACGCGCAUUCUGCGCAUCUUUGGGCUCAUCCCGAAUGGAGGAGGUGGUGGUGGGGACAUUGGGUUUCCGCUCGAAGGCGCGGCGGGCGGCGGUGGUCAAGAAGCGAUCCUCGCGCCGGUACUCGACAUCUUUUCCGACUUUCGCGAUCAAGUCCGCGCCGUGCUGUUUGAUGCCGACGCGACGUCGCUCGAACAUGUCAAGCAGACACUCAUGGCGCUCUGCGACAACGUCCGCGACGCCAAGCUCCCCCACGCCGGCGUCCGCCUCGAAGACAAAUCUGGCGGCAAGGCCGUGUGGAAACUCGCCGACAAGGACGUCCUGCUCGCGGAAAUCAAAGCCAAGGAGGACGAGAAGGCGGCCAAGGACGCCGCCAAGGCCCAGCGCGCCGCGGACGAGCUCCAGAAGAUCGCGGACGAACGACAACGCGCCCAAACCCACCCGAAGGACCUCUUCAAGGCGUCCCCCGAGUACGUCGCGUUCAACGACCAAGGUCUCCCCACGGCGCUCGCGUCCGGCGAACCCGUGGCCAAGAGCCUGCUCAAGAAACUCGCCAAGGAACAAGACAAGCACCAAAAGCUGUACGACAAGUACCACAAGUAG